UCUCUUAGGUCAGCAGUUUUUAAAAGUAAAUUGUAGUCUACUUCAGUAUAUAAAGAAGGGAACUGAGGAUGGGGAAAGGAGUCUUGUGGCAUGCUUAAAGUUGACUUAUUUGUUUUUAAACACUCCCUCUACUUUUCUUCUGUGGAUUUGACGCUCACAAAAUGGAAGGACAUUUUUUUGUUUUGUGGCUGAUGUUUUCCUCACUGAAAGGUUUAGCAGAACCAGCUGUACCCAAGAAUGGCAUUGAAAUCUACAGCCUGCAUGUGGACUGCAAAGUGACAUCACGGUUUGCUCACACAGUCAUCACCAGCAAAGUUGUCAACCGAGCAGAAGAGUCCCAGGAAGCUCUUUUUGAAGUGGAGUUACCCAAGACUGCUUUCAUCACAAACUUUAGCAUGACCAUAGAUGGAAAAACUUAUCCUGGAAUAAUUAAAGAGAAAGAAUCGGCACAAGUUCAGUAUGAUGAUGCUGUUUCACGAGGGCAAAGUGCUGGAUUGGUCAAAUCAACUGGAAGAAAACUUGAACAGUUUCAUGUUAAAGUCAACGUUGCAGCGGCUGCUAAGGUUACCUUUGAGCUGGUCUAUGAAGAGUUACUAAAACGCAAACUAGGAAAGUAUGAGCUGCUGAUUAAAGUCAAGCCCAAACAGCUAGUUAAUCACUUUCAGAUUGAUACCCACAUCUUUGAACCGCAGGGUAUAAGUUUCUUAGAGACUGAAAGCACUUUCAUGACCAAUGAACUGAAUGAUGCCCUCACAAAAGUGCAGGAUGAGACCAAGGCUCAUAUUACAUUUAAACCAACUCUAAGUCAACAAAGAAAAAGCCCCGAACUGGAGGAAACGCUGCUGGAUGGAGAUUUUCUUAUCCGUUACGAUGUUAAAAGGAGUGUCACUGCAGGAGACAUACAGAUUGUGAAUGGAUAUUUUGUGCAUUAUUUUGCUCCCAACCAACUACCGUCAUUUCCUAAAAACAUCAUCUUUGUUAUAGAUCAAAGUGGGUCCAUGGGUGGCAAGAAAAUUCAGCAGACAAGAGAGGCCCUGCAAAAGAUUUUAGAUGACCUGACUCCUGAAGAUCAUUUUAACCUGGUUGUCUUUAGUGGAAGUAUUUCUGUGUGGAGUUUGUCAAUGUUGAAAGCCACAGAAGAGAACGUGGAACUGGCUAAACAAUAUGUUAAGACCAUUUUGGCUAAUGGAGUAACCGAUAUAAAUGGUGCACUGCUGACUGCAAUAAAAGUACUGGACAAAGACACUUUUGCUGAAUUAUUGCCAGAGAAAAGUAUUUCAAUGAUCAUGUUGCUGACAGAUGGACAACCUACUACUGGUGAAGAAAAUGUUGACAGGAUUCAAGAAAAUAUUAAGAAGGCUAAUAAUGGAAAGUACUUCCUGUACUGCCUUGGCUUCGGUUUCGAUGUCAGCUAUGCAUUUCUGGAGAAAAUGGCCUUAGAAAAUGGAGGAGUUGCUCGCCGUAUAUAUGAGGACUCGGAUGCAGCCUUGCAGCUUCAAGGCUUUUACCAUGAGAUUGCUACUCCCAUCCUGAAGGAAAUUGAAAUGAAGUACCCAGACAAUGCUGCUCUCGAGAUCACUCAGAAUAGUUUCAAGUUGCUCUUUGAUGGCUCUGAAAUUGUAGUAGCUGGAAAACUUGGCAAUGACAUUGAUGUUCUUCCUGUGGAAAUUAAAGCUCAAGCACAUUCCAGUGACCUGACUGUUAAAGAAGAUGCCAAUGUAACAGAAAAGGAACAAGUAUUUCAACAUCAGAAAUACAUAUUUGGAGAUUUCAUUGAAAGACUGUGGGCCUACUUAACAAUUCAACAACUAUUAGAAAAAUCUGUUUUAGCUGAAGGACGAGAGCAGAAAGACCUGGAAACCAAAGCUUUGAACCUCUCCUUGAAAUUUAGCUUUGUUACACCCCUCACUUCCAUGGUGGUCACCAAACCUGAAUCUGAAGAGGUGGCAAAUAAACCUACAGAGGCAGAUAAUGAGAAUUUCAGGAGCAGCAGAAUCCCAAGUUAUGGAGGAAUAGGAGGUUUUGUAGUGGCGCAUUGGAAACAACCAAUUGAUCCUGUUAUUCCUGGACACCGUGGUAAUUCUGUUAUUCCUGGUGUUCCUGGUCCUCCUGGUUUUCCUGAUAGUCCUUUAAGGAAAGGCUACUUUGGAGGAAGCCCCUUCUGGGACUCUGGUACACCUUUUCGCCUGAGGCUGGUAAACCGCAAUAACAGUGGGACAAUAGCAUCUGUGGCUGCCAAUUUAUCAUUUCCACAGAUCAUUUUGCAACUGCCUAGUGAAAAUGAUACCCUUUGUUUAAUCAUCAGUGGACAACCAGAAACACGUAUAAACUUGUUAUCUGAUCCUGAAAAAGGAAUUCAGGUGACUGGCAAGCUUGGAAAAAGAAGACUAUUUGUGCAGUUUGAAAUAGCCUUUCAGAAACCUGAUAUACGAAUCAACAUCUCAAAACAAGAAAUUGUUGUGAAUCUAAAUGGGAAUGCAACCAUGCUUCCAUGGACAAUGAGCACAACUUUCACAGUCGUGGGGCUGAACAUUAUAGUUGAAGUUGAAGAAGAAAAGAGUCUAUUGUUAAGAGUGGAUAACAUCACAAUGAAGAUAUCACUUGUGAAGUUUCCUAAAGAUUUUCUUGGGUUAUACAUCGUUGAUAGCAAUUUUUCUGAACACGUCACUGGACCUCUUGGUCAGUUUUUCUUUAACACACAUUUUGAAGGAGGAUCACAAGACAAGAGAAGGAAAAAAAUAAUUGUUCAGGGGCAAAGGUAUAAUACCCUCAGACAAAAUAAGACAGACUAUAGGACAGAGUCCCUUGGAGAUGUUAUUUCGUGUUGGACCCUGAAUCUCAAUCCUUGAGUAGUUUUCCAGCACUAAAAGUCUUGGAAUGUAAAAUACCACCUUGUGUAUUAAUUGUGCCAAUGAUUUAAUUUUCUUAAACUUUAUUUUUUAAAUGUUUCAAUAUUUUUAAAUGUUCCAUGAGAAUUUCAGAUGUGUAGUUUAAUAAGUUCCUAAACCAGAGCACUGAGGAACAAAAAGGCUACACAGAACCCAAACAUGUGAUAUGGCUAAUAAAGUGAUUUCUCAGA